AUGGAGGUGCUUGAGAAGAAAGAGCCGGGCCUGGCUAUGGAUCACGGUGGCAGCGGCAAGGAAAACGAUGUUGUAUCGGACAGCACGUUGGAGACAUCGCCGGCGCUGGGAUUCUGGACGCGCAUGGGCUGCACCCCAGAGUCUUUCAAGCAGCGAACGCUCGAGGACAGACACAACCAGUUUAACCAGACGCUGAAGUCCCGGCAUCUGCACAUGAUUGCCAUUGGAGGCAGCAUCGGCGCCGGCUUGUUCGUUGGAUCGGGUUCUGCCCUGAGGGCCGGCGGCCCAGGAGCAUUGGUUAUCGACUUUGCAAUUGCGGGCAUGAUGAUGUUCAAUGUCGUUCAUGCGCUCGGCGAGCUUGCGGUUCUAUACCCCAUAUCUGGUGGCUUCUAUACGUAUUCCGCUCGCUUUAUCGAUCCUUCCUGGGGGUUUGCAAUGGGCUGGAACUACAUAUUCCAGUGGGCUAUUAUAUUACCGCUGGAACUCACGGUUGCUGCUCUGACAAUCGGAUAUUGGCGAGUCAACGUCAGCGUAGCUGUCUGGAUUACCGUGUUCAUCGUCGGCAUUAUCAUAAUCAAUCUCUUUGGCGUGCUGGGCUAUGGUGAAGAAGAGUUCUGGGCCAGCAGUCUGAAGCUGGUGUCAAUAAUAAUCUUCAUGAUCAUAGCCCUGAUAUGUGUUCUCGGGGGAGGCCCCUCGUACGGGAAAUAUAACGAGUACUGGGGCGCCAGGCUCUGGCAAGAUCCCGGAGCCUUUGCCAAUGGAUUCAAAGGCGUUUGUGCCGUCUUCGUGACCGCAGCCUUUUCUUUCUCGGGAACAGAGCUGGUUGGAUUAGCCGCAGCCGAGUCGAAAACACCACUCAAGUCCCUUCCGUCAGCAGUGAAGCAGGUGUUCUGGCGUAUCACUCUGUUUUAUAUCCUUUCCCUUGUUUUCGUGGGCCUGCUGGUGCCUUACACCGAAAAACGUCUCCUUGGUAGCGGUAGUCUGAUCGACGUGGCAGCGUCUCCCAUGGUUAUCAUCGCAAAAGACGCCGGUCUCACAGGCUUUGACAGCUUUCUCAAUGUCGUUAUUCUGGUUUCUGUGCUCUCAAUUGGCAACUCAGGCGUCUACGGUGGCUCCAGAACUCUGACUGCACUUGCUGAGCAGGGCUAUGCGCCCAAAAUGUUCCGCUAUGUCGAUCGAGCCGGAAGACCACUUGUUUCUACCGUUGCUAUGAUUCUUGUCAGCUUCCUUGCUUAUAUCAAUAUCACUGCCAGCGGCGAGGAGAUCUUCGGCUGGCUGCUAGCCCUCUCUGGUCUGGCAUCUCUGUUUACCUGGGGAAGUAUAUGCUACUCACAUAUCCGAUUCCGUGCUGCAUGGAAACUCCAGGGACACUCCUUGGAUGAAAUACCAUUCAAGGCUGCCUUUGGCGUCUGGGGGUCAUGGUUUGGGCUUAUAAUGGUCGGUCUGGUGUUCAUUGCCCAGUUUUAUACCGCUGUCUGGCCGCUUGGUGGAGGCGUGAAUAACGCAAAAGGCUUCUUCAAGACCUACCUAGCUGUUCCCGUUGUUAUUUUAUUUUGGCUGUGUGCCCAUAUCUGGAAAGGCAAAAGGUGGUUGAAACUCCGAGAUGUUGAUGUCGACGCUGGACGCCGUGAGAUCGACUGGGAGGCCCAUAACCAUGUUAUGGAAAAGAGAAGAACCGCUUCUCCUUGGAUGAGAAUCGUCUAUUUCCUUUUUUAA